AUGUCGAGCGAAUCUGUUCAUAAUCAUUCAAAAAGGACACAGUUGAGUCCAUCUACCAACAUGUUCCUGCGUUUUGCUCUGCAACUUUUCCUUUUCUGGUUCAUUGUCUCUUUGUGCAAUCAUCUUCUCCUACGUUUUCGAGUGACCAGACGGCCGUAUCUUCGUUUUCUACGUUUAUUCGGUUGCCAUAUAUCAUUAUGCAACAUCAUGUUCUACACCACUGCGUUCAACCGAUUAUUUUAUCGCAUCGGUUCGAGAAAUGCUCAUCUUUGGAAAAUUUGGUUCACCCUCGGGAUAAUCGUCACAGCAACCAUAGCGGUUUGUGCGUGCGCAACCUUAGUCUUUCUACCGACAAGAUACGCAUACGAACUUUCACAACGAAGUGAUACAGUGCGUUCUGAAAAUCUAACCAUGACGAAACAGAACGAACGGGAUAAACUACUAAUUCAACCAAUAAUCCCCGGUGUUAAUGUUCCGCUAGAUCAAAUAGUACAUUUCUUUCUUGCUCUAUUGGUUUGCACUGUCUUUCAUGAAUUUGGACACGCGGUUGCAGCAACAGCUGAACAAGUUCAUUUGAAUGGGUGUGGCUAUUUUUUGUUUCUGCUAUAUCCAGGUGCUUACGUUGAUUUGAAUCACGAACAAGUAGAAAUGAUUUCGGCCUACCGACAAUUGAGAAUCUAUUGUGCUGGUGUUUACCACAACAUGGUUCUCGUCCUUUUUGCUCUUGGAUUUCUUUUGCUGAAUCCGUUUUUUGUUCGAAAUUUCUAUAUUGAAACAGCAAUGGUAUCCCGUGUAGUGAAAGAAUCACCCUUAGCUCAUUCACUUCCUGUUUAUUCAACAAUUCAAUCCAUUGAUGGUUGUGUAGUAAACACAGCGAACGACUGGUAUCAAUGCUUACGUUUGAUUCGUGAUCGACGUCCACAAGAUAGUAGUGGUUACUGUUUAACACAAGCUGAAAUUCAACAACUCUCCAGUCAUACAGAAUACAAUCAAACGAUUAAUCAUGACUGUUGUCAAAAUCUCUCUCAAAAAAACUACUGUUUUCUCUACCAUCUCAAACAACACUCGUCUGAAAUUGGUGCGUGUAUGGAAGCUCGCACAGUGACUCAGCAUCCCGUAUGUUUUCUCAACAGUGACUGUCAACGCUAUGGAAGUGACUCAUCCUGUGUUUAUCCAUUCACAGCUGAUAACAUCACGCGUUUGAUACGUAUUUCACAUAGUCAAGGUCCUUCCAUCCUUUUCGUUGGGUCAAUCAAUGAGAUCUAUCGAACAAUUACUCUCCAAUCUUAUCGAGCUAAAUAUAACUUUAUUCCAACAAUUCUUAUUACCGAUAUUCCAUUAUUUUUCCAGUACGUCGGUGCCUUUUCAUUUGCGUUAGCGUUCUUCAACGCAGUUCCCUGUUAUGGAUUAGACGGCCAAUACAUUCUAUCUGCUUUCAUUGAAUACUAUUCGCCGAAUUUACAUCGAAAACGCCAUGCUAGAUUAACAUUCGCUCUGAUUAUCGGCACGGGCUUACUUGCUCUCAAUGUUCUACUAGCGUUUGUACGUUAUUUUCUAUUGUAA